CUCUCAGCACCAUCCACACCCCAUCAUUCUCGAAAGCACCACACCAAGCACACGUUAGCAUCCAGUCAUGGCCGCAACAACGGCAGCUGCCGCUACAUCUUCCCUCGUUGGAACACGCCUUCCGGACGUGCAUUCCAAAUCGGGUCGGGUUGUGGCAAGGUUCGGAUUCGGGAAAAAGAAGUCUGCACCUAAGAAAAAAACUGCUAAGCCCACCACGGACCGUCCCCUGUGGUUCCCGGGAGCGAAGGCUCCCGAGUACCUUGACGGGACCCUGGUGGGUGAUUACGGAUUCGACCCAUUCGGGCUGGGCAAACCCGUUGAGUACUUGCAGUUCGACAUCGACUCGCUGGACCAGAACUUGUCCAAGAACUUGGCGGGUGAUGUCAUCGGGACCCGGACAGAGGACGCAGAUGUGAAGUCGACUACGCUUCAGCCUUACAGCGAGGUUUUUGGGUUGCAGAGGUUUAGGGAAUGCGAGCUGAUUCAUGGAAGAUGGGCCAUGUUGGCUACUCUUGGCGCUCUUGCUGUAGAAUCGCUAACCGGCGUCACAUGGCAAGACGCUGGAAAGGUGGAACUGGUGGAAGGGUCCUCCUACUUGGGCCAGCCACUCCCAUUUUCCAUAACCGCAUUGAUCUGGAUUGAGGUUUUGGUGAUUGGGUACAUUGAGUUCCAAAGGAACGCAGAGCUGGACCCGGAAAAGAGGCUGUACCCAGGAGGCCCAUUCUUCGACCCACUGGGUUUGGCUGCUGACCCAGAGAAGAAGGUGACUCUUCAGACGGCUGAGAUCAAGCACGCCCGCCUUGCAAUGGUUGGUUUCCUGGGCUUUGCGGUCCAAGCUGCUGUUACUGGUAAAGGCCCACUCAACAACUGGGCUACCCACUUGAGUGACCCUCUACACACAACCAUUAUUGACAACUUGAGCUCCUAAGUUUCUUUCAUUACCGAAAGAAAUUGUUGGGCUGUAACUGUAUUUCAGUAUUUGUACUAUCCUUGUAAAAACUUAUAAGCGGGAUUAUAUUGGCUUAUGUUUGUCACGUUAUGUUUCGAUGAUCUUAGUAAUAGCAAAUACCAGUUAGGGUAACA